UCAUCAUGGUUCAUCAUAAUUUCUAUCUCUUUAUUCUCCUAGCCACCACCUUCAGCUUCUUCUACGAAGCUUCAAGUGCUAAAUUUAUCAAUGUGGUUAGCUUCGGAGCUAAACCUGAUGGAAAUUCCGAUUCAACCAAGUCCUUCCUUAGUGCAUGGUCUUCAGCAUGCACAUCAAGGGAACAAGCUACAAUUUAUGUACCCCAAGGAAGUUUCUUGUUGAAACAAGUAACAUUUUCGGGUCCUUGCAAGAACAAGGUCGAAAUUAAAAUAGAUGGCACUUUAGUGGCACCUAAAGAUUACUGGUCACUUGGUGGUUCCGGUGAAUACUGGAUCUUGUUCAUGAAGGUUGAUAAGUUGAAAAUCCAGGGAGGGACUAUUGAUGGAAAGGGUUCUGGCUAUUGGCGUUGCAGAAGAUCUGGAAAAAAUUGUCCUGCUGGAGCAAGGUCUUUAUCAUUCAGUUGGUCCAGCAAUGUGGUGGUUAGUGGACUAAAAUCACUUAAUAGCCAGACAAUGCACAUUGCUGUCGACCAUUGCACAAACGUUCUGAUCCAAGGUGUUAGAAUCAGAGCUCCAAGUGGAAGCCCCAACACAGAUGGAAUCAAUGUGCAGUUUUCAACUGGAGUUACCAUCAUGCAUUCUGCCAUCAUGACUGGUGAUGAUUGUAUUUCCAUAAACCAAGGUACCACCCAUAUGUGGAUCGAACGCAUCGCUUGCGGCCCCGGACAUGGCAUUAGCAUUGGGAGCUUGGGAACUUCUUCGAAUGAGGCAGGAGUGAGGAACGUGACAGUGACCAAUUCAGUGUUCACCAAAACCGAUAAUGGAGUUAGGAUCAAAUCAUGGGCGAGACCAAGCAAUGGAUUUGUAAGAGACAUUGUGUUCAGGAAACUUAUCAUGCAAAAUGUCUACAAUCCCAUCAUUAUUGAUCAAAGAUAUUGCCCUGGCAGGCAAUGUCCUCACCAGAGUUCUGGGGUGAAGAUAAGCAAAGUGUCAUAUGAAGACAUACAUGGAACUUCAGCAAGUCCAGUAGCUAUUAAUUUUGACUGCAGUCAAAGCAAUCCAUGCUGGGGAAUCAAGCUGCAAGACAUAAAUCUCGUUUAUCGGAAAGGUUCUGCAAAAUCAGCUUGUAGAAAUGCUGGUGGCAGUACCAUUGGAGUGGUCAUCCCAAGGAGCUGUAUUUAAAUUUAUACACUUUAAUUGAAAAUAAAAAAGUUGAUCAUAAUUGAAAAACACUGUAAUUUCUGCACAUAUCAUUUCAUUAUUGCCUGCAAUGUGAGUGAAACUUGAUAUCAUAUAUAGUCUUCAUCAAUAUUGAAUGUAUUUCAUAUGUUGAAUUUCUUUUUACUGAAAUGUAUAUAGAUUGCAUAAUGUAAAAGCAGUUUGCCUCUCUCUAUCUAUAGUCUAUACGUAUUUUCAGUGGAAAUAAUAUAAAUAGACUCGCUGCUUAGAAAUAUCAAUUGUUGGUUUGUGUGAUUGCAUUGUGAGAGAAAUGCGACUGCAGAUUUUUGGCAAUGAUAAAGCUAAAUUAAGUUUCUGAUGGGUUGGUGAUUCACCAUCAACCUCCUCCGGGUGGUUCACUUUUGGCUGAAAAUGACAGACACCUUGUUUUUGAGGCGUUAGCUUAUUUUUCUUUAAGCAUUAUAUACCAGAAAAAGAAAGAAAUAUCAAUGAUAAAUGUGCGGUUUAGAAAUAAGUCACACUCCGCUUCACUUUCAUCUAAAUUCGCUUGACUUUUUCUUCAUAUCUCUCUUCUUUUUCUAUUACAUCUCUGUUUUCUCUUUCAUUUAUCUUUAACUCUCUCAUAAAGUGUAAAUGUAAUAGGUAUAAAUGAAUCAUUAUUCAGAAGUCUUGCAGCACCCA